GUGUGUGUAUUAAAAACCUUGAACAAAGAAAACGAAAUUUUAAAAUAGAUGAAGCUUAUGUGAAAUCCUAUCCUCUAGAAAUAACCAAAGUUGAUAUUUUGGUGUAGAAGGAUCUUUUCCUAUGCAAAUAUAUACAUAUAAGUACUUUACAUAGAUUUUUACCAAAGUGGUUUCUUCUUACAUAGUUUGUUUUACAGUUUACUUUUUAGCUCAUAACAUUUACCAUGCCAAUAUAGACCUGCUUUGUCAUUUUAAGUACUUGCAUAUUAUCCCAUUUUAUUGAUAUGCACAAUUUAGUUGAGAAAUCAACCAUUGUUGGAAAUUUAGUUCUGGCUCAGUUUCACAGAUGUAAACAACGAUGUAAUUAAUAUCUCUGUAUGUAUAUCUUGGCAAUAGUAUCAUCAUUUCCUUGAUAAAUUCCCAGAAGUAGAAUUACCAGGUCAAAGGUUUGGGCUGUUUUAAAUUAUUUUGGUACAUACACUGCCAGCUGGCCUUCUGGGAAGGCUGUGUACAUUUCCAGCACCCCCAGAACUGUGUGUUUCCCUGGGCGGUGGCAGAGUUUUGAUGGACUGAGCUGUUUUGAUGCAGUCUCACCGGUCCUUUCCUGCAUAGUUUCUGCCUCUGAAGUAAUGUUUAAAAGGCAUCUUCCAACCUCCACGAUUAUGUAAAUACUCAGUUUUAUUGUCUUCUAGUAAUUUUAUGGAUUGAUUCUUUUUAAAUAUUUGGUAUAUCUGAAAUUGAUUUUCGCAUAGGGUGCGUGGUGGCCAUGUGACUUCAUUAUUUGUUUUCAGAUGGCCAGUUUUCCCAGUUCCGUUUAGUCAAAGGUCUGUCCUCUCCACACAGAAUUCUACAGAUGCUCCUUCAUUAUCCACGGGAUUCUUGUAUAUGUUCGGGGCUGUCUCUUAGCUUUCCCUGUGAUUUAAAUGAGCGGUCUGUCUAUUCCUGACCUGUACUCCCUGUUUUAAUUACUGAGGCUAUGUAAUAUAUUUUGAAAUAAUCUAAUAGCUUUCUAUCCACCGCCUAGACCCAUUACUCUUCUUUUUUUCAAAGAGUAUUAUUGUUAUUUUUUUUGUUCCUCUGUAUUAGAUGAGCUUUAGAACCGCUUUUGUAAGCUUAAAUAAUACUUCAGAUAGUGGGAUUGGAAUGAUGUUGGGUUAAGAAAUUAAUUCAGGAAAACUCAGCGUCUCCACAGAAGUAGUUUGCCAUUCUAAAAAUAAAAAUGAUAUAUUUUCAAAUAUAUUCAAGUCUUACUUUUUUUUUUAUACUUUUAGGAAGGUUUGCGGAUUUUUCACAUACUGUUUGUGUCUUUGUUCUAGCUCCCGGGCUGUUCAUUUCUUUAGCUGUUGGUUGUUGCUCUUAUGACUAGAGUUACUUUUCUGUCGUAUUUUAACUGGUUAUUAUUGGCGCAUUGGAAAUCUAUUGAUUUUCGAUAACUUUCUAGCAAGCUUUUUAUAUUAGCACACGUUGUUGUUAAUGUUGCCUAUAGUAGCUCCGUCCUACAUUUUAGUAGUUUUUUAUGGCCACCUUCCCUUGUGGCUUUUCUGUCUAAAACAACAAAAACAACAACACCAACACAGUAACUGGUCAACGUUGAUUAGUUCACGGAGGAAUUCUGGAUUUUUUGUUCUUUAAGUCAAGGAUCGGUUGAGAACGAUGCCUUAAAGCAUCUUCUGCGAAUAAAUCCCUGAGGAUUUACAAAUGACCGGAAUGGUGGCAGUCCGGCAAGUGGGGGGACGGAGAUUUCCCUCGGCUGGUGGAGAGUCAGGGAGAUACUGGGUCUAUUUAGCCUGAAAAGGAAACCAUCUUCACGUCUGUGAAGGCUGGCUGUUUCAAAAGUGAAAUCUUUUCAGAGCGAAUUGGCAGGAAAAGGAGCUUAAACAUGGUGAAGCAGUGAGAAGGGCUAUAUUUGAAUAUAAACACCGCCCACUGGACAGCGGGUUAGGAAGGGAGGGAGAGGACCUGGUUUUUAAAAAGUGUGUUAAUAAUAGUGAAGUCUUCCUGAUUCGACCACAGUCUUCAGGGUUGGGGAUGGGCUUUGGCACUUGUCUUCCAAAUGUGCCACUUUAUAACAUCCUUACCAAGUUUUCCAGUGUUCUCUGGUGACAGGGACUACAUCUUUACAAACUUAUAAAAUCACAUGGGUUUACACGUGUAGUGUUUAUUUCUGUUGCCCAUGCCGAAUUCCUGCUGAAGAUCCUGAAAAUCCUUUAGGGCCCGGGCCUGGGGUAACAUCUACCAAAAUAUUUAUGCUUUUUGGGUCAUCUCUCAUGGUCGUCUUUAACCUAAUGUAAAAUAAUUUUUUUUAAAUGAUUUUUUCUGGCUUUAAAAUGAAAACUAAAUCUUGGUGUGUUAUAUUCUGAAUUGUAAUUUGGAAUGGACAGUCAUGUAUUUGUUCGGCUUUUAUAAUACAUUGUGGGCCCCCCCCACCCCGUCACCCUGUCUUGCCUACCUGUGGAAAGGGGAUGUUUACUGCUUUGUGGGACACUAGGAGGGUUUACAGUGAUCAUAUAUAAAUAAGGCUGUAAGACACUCAUAAACAUGUGUAUAUCAUUUUUGAAACAGUACAGCCUUGCCUAUCCAGAAACCAAUUAAUUACCAUCUUUUUUUUUCCGGGACAGCGCUAAGAAUCAGAAGGGAUGAAAGGACACUGGGCAUCGAAAGCCCAUGCGUUGAAUUCGUGUAUUUAUUGGUAGACAAUAUCUCUGGGUCCUCCCUCACUCACCAUUUGAAUUUUAUUUUUCCGUCACACAUGGUUGUAAUGGUCACGCAUACCUGUUCUAGGCCAUUGCAAAUUAACAGUAGCAAAUUGGAAGUAGGCAAAGGCAGACAGAGAACAGUGAGAAGUGAUAACAGGGGACCUAAUAGUAAGGGAGAAGAAAGGAAAAAAAAAAAAACUAUUGUAGAAGAAUGAAUCACAUGAAAAACAUAGCACUGCAGCCCAUUUAUUGGAAAUGGCAUCGUUCUCUGCCCCUUUGUGGCCGUUACUGAUUGCCCCAAGUUUUUAUAUGGAGUCGCCAGGCACAUUUUAAUUGUGUGCAAUAUACUUUAAACAGCGUGGCAAAAGCAUGUAUAUUUUAUGUAGAUUUUCCGGGGCUUAAACAUUUUUUAUAAAAUUCUGCUCAAAAGAGUAACCCUUCAUUCAACUACCCAGAAGACUCCGCUUUGCCGAAUGAGUUCUAAAUCCCUGUGAUUGUAGUCAACAAUAUCUGUUAAGUCCUUGAUGGGAUAAAUUCUUGAUGUGUUUUUUGGGAAGCGCUUUUGCAUAUCAUUUCACAAUGGUUAAGUACGCUUUCUGCAUCUGUUUUAAUGUGUCUAUAUUUUCACGUCGAAUUGGCUGGAAACUAUUUGGUUCUGUUCCUCUGACAUGCUUAUUUCCUUUCUUCCUCCCCCACCAUCUGGGGUGCUUUCUCCGAUGCUGCCUUUGGAAGGAGAGCGCCACUGUGCUGUCUGAACACAUGUGGGUCUCGUUGCAUCCACAUCUGUCUGUUCACCUCCAGUGUUUCAUUUGCACACUCCGUGGAGGUGGGGUGCUGCGUGCUGCCUGGAAGAACCGGGGGGAAAUGUUCCGUAGACACGCGCAUUUGACCACCGGGGCACAUUUUGCACAACAGGAAGCAAAUGUGGUAAAUACAGCUUAUGUUCCCGAGGAAGAACUAAAGGCAGCAGAGAUAGAUGAAGAAGCCGUGGAGGAGGAUGGGCUGUCCCUGGACGUCCAGGACGGCGAGUACGUGUGCAACGAGGAAGCGGAGAUCAAAGAAGCCCAGAGCUACCAGAACUCCCCGGUCAGCACUGCGACGAAUCAGGACGCGGGCUACGGGUCCCCUUUCAGUGAGAACAGCGACCAGCUGGUCCAUUUCAAGAGCUCUUCCUCCAGAGAGGGCAAAGAGGAUCCGCAGGGCCCGGACGGCGUCUCCUACCCCCAGGACAGCUUGGCACAGAUCAAGGCUGUGUAUGCCAACCUGUUCUCCGAGUCCUGCUGGUCCAGCCUCGCCUUGGACUUGAAGAAGUCCGGUUCGACCACCAGCAGCAACGAUGUGGGCCCGAAGGAGAGCUCCACCCCCACGCCCACGCCCCCCACCAGCACGGCGGGGCCCACGGGCACCACCGCGAGCACCCCCAGCUCGGGCUCAGGCUCGGGCUCGGGCACCGGAGGCAGCGGCGGCUCGGGCUACGACUGGCACCAGGCCGCGCUGGCCAAGACGCUGCAGCAGACGUCCUCCUACGGGCUGCUCCCCGAGCCCAGCCUCUUCAGCACCGUGCAGCUCUACAGGCAGAACAACAAGCUCUACGGGUCCGUGUUCACGGGCGCCAGCAAGUUCCGCUGCCGGGACUGCAGCGCCGCCUACGACACGCUGGUGGAGCUGACGGUGCACAUGAACGAGACGGGGCACUACCGCGACGACAACCGGGACAAGGACUCCGAGAAGACCAAGCGGUGGUCCAAGCCCAGGAAGCGCUCGCUGAUGGAGAUGGAAGGCAAGGAGGACGCGCAGAAGGUGCUCAAGUGCAUGUACUGCGGCCACUCCUUCGAGUCGCUGCAGGACCUGAGCGUCCACAUGAUCAAGACCAAGCAUUACCAGAAAGUGCCUCUGAAGGAGCCAGUACCAGCCAUCGCCAAACUGGUCCCUUCCACCAAGAAGCGCGCGCUGCAGGACCUGGCGUCGCCGUGCUCUCCCGAGCCGGCGGGGCUGGCCGCCGACGCGGCGCUGGGCGAGUCGGCCAAGGACCAGAAGGCCGCCAACCCCUACGUGACGCCCAACAACCGCUACGGCUACCAGAACGGCGCCAGCUACACCUGGCAGUUCGAGGCCCGCAAGGCGCAGAUCCUCAAGUGCAUGGAGUGCGGCAGCUCCCACGACACCCUGCAGCAGCUCACUGCCCACAUGAUGGUCACCGGCCACUUCCUCAAGGUGACCACCUCGGCCUCCAAGAAGGGGAAGCAGCUGGCGCUGGACCCCGUGGUGGAAGAGAAGAUCCAGUCCAUCCCUUUGCCGCCCACCACGCACACCCGGCUGCCCGCCUCCCACGUCAAGAAGCAGCCCGACUCUCCCGCGGCGUCCUCGCCCGCCGAGGAGAAGAAGGAGCCCGAGCGGGAGAAGGCACCGGCGGCCGGCGAGGCGGAGAAGAAGGUCAAGGAGGAGAGCCAGGACGCGGCCGAGAAGUUCGAGCCCACCGCCCUGUAUCGGUACCUGCGCGAGGAGGACCUGGACGACAGCCCCAAGGGCGGGGUGGACAUCCUCAAGUCCCUGGAGAACACGGUGUCCACGGCCAUCAGCAAAGCCCAGAACGGCGCACCCUCGUGGGGCGGCUACCCCAGCAUCCACGCGGCCUACCAGCUGCCCGGCACCGUGAAGCCGCUGCCGGCCGUGCAGAGCGUGCAGAUGCAGCCGUCCUACGCGGGGGGCGUGAAGUCGCUGUCGUCGGAGCACAGCGCGCUCCUGCACUCCCCGGGGAGCCUCACGCCCCCGCCGCACAAGAGCAACGUGUCGGCCAUGGAGGAGCUGGUGGAGAAGGUCACCGGCAAGGUCAGCGUGAAGAAGGAGGAGAGGCCCGCCGACCGGGAGAAGGGCUCCCCGGCCAAGGCCGUGUCCCCCGUGGCCAAAGAGAACAAGGACUUCCCUCGAGCGGAGGAGAGCGGCGGCAAAGUCCAGCAGAAGAAGGGCCCCGAGGCGGAGGCGGGGAAGGCCAAAAAGGAGGGCGUGCUGGACGCGCACACCCCAAACGGCACCGAGCCGCUCAGGGCCAAAGUCACCAACGGCUGUAAUAACCUGGGGAUCAUCACGGACCACUCGCCCGAGCCCUCCUUCAUCAACCCGCUGAGCGCGCUGCAGUCCAUCAUGAACACGCACCUGGGCAAGGUGUCCAAGCCCGCGAGCCCCUCGCUGGACCCGCUGGCCAUGCUGUACAAGAUCAGCAACAGCAUGCUGGACAAGCCGGUCUACCCCGCCACCCCCGCCAAGCAGGCCGACGCCAUCGACCGCUACUACUACGAGAACAGCGACCAGCCCAUCGACCUGACCAAGUCCAAGAGCAAGCCCCUGGUCUCCGGCGCGGCCGAGUCCGUGGCGUCGCCUCUCCGGGAGAGCGCCCUCAUGGACAUCUCGGACAUGGUGAAAAACCUCACGGGCCGGCUCACCCCCAAGUCCUCCACCCCCUCCACCGUGUCGGAGAAGUCGGACGCCGACGGCAGCAGCUUCGAGGAAGCGCUGGACGAGCUGUCGCCCGUGCACAAGAGGAAGGGGCGGCAGUCCAACUGGAACCCCCAGCACCUGCUCAUCCUGCAGGCUCAGUUUGCCUCGAGCCUGCGGGAGACGCCGGAAGGGAAGUACAUCAUGGCGGACCUGGGCCCCCAGGAGCGGGUGCACAUCUCCAAGUUCACCGGGCUGUCCAUGACCACCAUCAGCCACUGGCUGGCCAACGUGAAGUACCAGCUGAGGAGGACAGGGGGUACCAAGUUCCUGAAGAACCUGGACACAGGACAUCCUGUUUUCUUUUGCAACGAUUGUGCCUCUCAGUUCAGAACUGCUUCUACGUACAUAAAUCACCUAGAAACACACUUAGGCUUCAGCUUGAAGGAUCUCUCCAAGCUGCCACUAAAUCAGAUUCAAGAACAGCAGAACGUUUCAAAAGUCCUGGCCAACAAGGCUUUGGGCCCAGUAGGGGCCGCCGAGGACGAUCUGGGCUCCACAUUCCAAUGCAAGCUUUGCAACCGGACUUUUGCGAGCAAGCACGCAGUCAAACUGCACCUUAGUAAGACCCACGGCAAGUCCCCGGAGGACCACCUGAUCUAUGUGACAGAGUUGGAAAAACAGUAGCGUCCAGGUAUGCAAGGGACGGAGGCACAUUGCACUAAAUGUCGUCUUUGUACUGCACUAGGCCCGGCUGAGCCUCCGAAAUCAGCCUUCCCUUUGUUGCCGAGCCGGCUGUCUGGACCUUGGUUUUUCUUACACAUAUUUUGUAGUUAUAUUUAUAUGCUCUUUGUCCGAUUGUGCAUGUUAUUUUUCUUUUUCCGUGAGUCAAAGUCUGACCUUUAUUUUCAACAUCUGUUCUUGAUGUUAAGCUAUCUUUUGUAGGAAAUAGUGGGGCACACUACUCAGAGACAUUUAUUUAGCAGGCAAGAAAGACACAAAUAACAAUGACAAAGAGACAUCCUAAAAUUACGAAGUUGCCAUGACAAUAAAGGUCAUAGAACCUAGUAGUGUCAAGUUUAACCCUUUGAGGACUACAAUUGCAUUUCUGUGCCUUUCACUCAAAAAAAGAAAAAAAAAAAGAAAAGAAAGAAAAAAAAAAGGAAAGAAAAAAAGGCUUCAAGGCAUUUCAUUCAGAUCAAAAGCUGUGUCAGACACAAAACUUAUUUAAUAAUUAAAAAAUGAGCUUUUAUAUGCAGAACUGGUUUGUGAAGGAAACAUGCAUGCAGCUGUUGGAAGAUAGAAAGGUGUCUAGGACUCAUGGGGUUAGGAAGCCACAGCUUUACACAUUUAGAACAAAACAAACCAAACCACACAAAAAAAAAAAACCCACCGCCACCACCAUCCCAAACAUCCCGAGUUGCCACUCUGCCCAAACCCUCUGGAUGCUGAAAAAAAAAAAAAAAAAAAUGCCACUUUUGGCAAAAAAGUAUGCAAGCUAUUAUUUAAAAAAUGUGUAAAAAUGCUAUUUCUUUUUUCCUGUAAAAUACUGCAGUUUAUAGUUAUUUACAAAUGUAAGCUUUGGUAUAAGCUGACCUUUCUAUAGCGUGCUGCAUUGGUAAAUGAAAAAAAAAAUGGGGCAAACGGAGUCCUUUCCUUGUAAAUUGCCAGCAUCCGCUUAAAAACCCCUGUAUGUUACAUUAUCGUACCAUUUUAAUCUAUUCCACUUUCUUUGUACCUUCUGGCCGUAUGCUUUCUCUUUUAACUUUUUAUAUUGUCAUUUUAUAUUAAAUUUCUGUGUAUAUAAUGUAAAACCACGAUUUUUGAAUAAAAUUUAGUUCCUGCAGCUUGAUUUAAAUAGAGGAAUUUUACCGGCACCUGCAUCUUUCCAGAUGCAUGUAUAUCAGACAAAAAAUAAAUAAAUGAAAACAAAGCAACCAGUGCACUAUUAAUUAUACAUUUUGAUGUUCUAUCAUUAAUAUUGUACAGUACAUUUUGGUUCACACAAUUAAAUCCACUGUUUUCUCAAAUGUAAAAUAAAACCCACAUGCAGUUCUUGAUUUA